CGUCGCCAGCAGUCGACAGAGAUACGAUCAGCUUUGGCCACACAGAAAGAAAACAAGUUGAUUCUUUACAAAUUGAUCAAGUAAACAUUAGCAAUUAUGCUAAAAUACAUUUUAGUAGUUGGUACCUUGAGUGUAAUUGGUCAAGAAAUUUCCGGGCAAUUACAAUGGGCCAACAUAUUCGGUACAAAGAGGAACGCAACCAUACCAACAGUGGUACCAGCAGUGCCCUUUAACCCCGCACACACCUGCGAACUACUGAAAUUAAGUAUGCAAGGAAUCGGGCGAGAUUCUGAGACCAUAUUGAAAAUUCUUGCUACUCACACGUACAAUCAACGGUAUGAAAUCGCUGCUACGUAUAAAACGUUGUACAACCAAGACUUGGUUCAAAAAUUAUUUACUGAAUACGAUGGCCACAUCCUCGAUGUCAUUCAGUAUCUAUUCUGGCCCACCGAGAAAAUGUAUGCACGAGAGUAUCACGAUGCUAUGCAGGGUUUGGGUACUAAUGAACGCGCUCUGAUUGAAAUGAGUGCGAGUUUAGAAGGACACGAGUUACGCAGAGUCAAUGGUGCAUACAUUGGGAUGUAUGAAAAGACGUUGGAAAGCGACAUAAAAGGCGAUACAAGCGGCUUUUUCCGAGAUCUUUUAGUGGAAUUGAUAAAGGGACGUGAGGCAGACAACAGUCCGAAUUCGGUGGAAUUGCCGCGAUAUACAGUCGCAACACUGAAUAGAUUAGGUCACGGCCAAUGGUCUAAUAACAAAGAUACCAUUCGUGACAUUUUCUGUAAGAAGUCGUUCUAUGAACUGUCUGAAAUACUUGUUGAGUAUGAACGUCAGAACGGACAUAAGAUUGAAGAAGAUAUUGAAAGUGAAUUCAGUGGUGAUGUUAAGAAAACAUUGCUAGCCAUUGUAAAAUGCUCUCGUAAUCGACCUCAAUUCUUGUCUGAACAAUUGAGUAAGUCAAUGUCGAAUUUUGGUAUCGACCAUAACGUACUGCACCGAAUUAUUGUUGGCCGAAGUGAAAUCGAUUUGGGCAACAUCAAGGAAGAAUUUGCGAAAACAAAUGGCAACAGCAUCGACAUUUGGCUCAAAUCCGCAAUCGAAGGAAAUUAUUGGUCCUUAAUUGUACAACUAGCUGGAUAUGCACCAGAUUACUUUAAGAACUAAUUUUGUCGACCUGAUUAAAAUAUUACGAAUUUUUGUCGAA